UCCAUAGUGGUCCACAGCCGGUUUGUUCCUUAGCGUGCGGUGAUUUGCGUUGAUCAACGUUUCGAGCUCCUUAAAAAAAUUCUUGUAAAUUCAUUAAUUUCAUUUGUUAUUUUGUGGUUUUGUUCUUGAUUAAAUUCUAAAAGAUGACGGAGGUCACUGAACCGAAGGGAACAAAGUUCGGCAUGGAUGCCCAGGCCCAGCAGAUCUUCAUGCGAAUAUUCAAGGCUCUCCCUGCGAAACCCAACACUACAAUUCGCCUGUUCAAUCGAGUCGAGUAUUACUCUGCGCACGGAGAAGAUGCGAUAUUCGUGGCUAAUGAGGUAUUCAAGACAACAUCAGCUUGCAAAUCCAUGGGAGUCGCGCCUAACGAAAUCGAUGGUGUCAUUCUCAACAAAGCCCGAUUCGAGUCCCUUGUUAAAGAACUAUUGUUGGUCAAACAGUAUCGUGUUGAGGUAUACAUCAAUAAAGGAACGAGUAAGAACCAAGAUUGGACGGUGGAGUACAAGGGUUCGCCAGGAAACUUGACACAAUUCGAGGAGAUCCUAUUUGGUAACACUGAUAUCGCUGUUCGAGCCUCGAUUAUGGCUGUUAAGUUAGGAACAGAGGGAAAAUCAAAGGUGGUGGGUGUCAGCGUGAUGGACACAGUAACAACAACAAUUUUCAUCAGUGAAUUCGCAGACGACGAUUCAUUCUCAGACCUCGAGGCCCUGGUUGUAACAAACGCCCCAAAAGAGUGUCUCGUGAUCGAAGGUGGAGGCAACAAGGAUUUCCAAUCUGUCAAAAGACUGAUGGAACGCAACGAUGUCCUCGUCACAUCUCGCAAGAAGGGUGACUUCUCUACAGACUCCUUGAUCCAAGAUCUAAACUCUCUACUGAAAUUCAAGAAAGGUCAGCAGGAGAAUGCCCAAGCACUUCCAGAGACGAGUCUGGAGCAGGCGAUGUCGGCAACAGCUGCUCUCAUUAAAUACCUAGACUUGACGUCUGAUGCAUCUAGUAUUGGACAGUUCUCGGUGAAGCAGUUGGAGCGCUCUCGUUACUUGAAGCUGGAUGCAGCAGUGAUAAAAGCACUGAACAUCGAUCCACCCCCUGGAUCAUCAACAAUAGUUGGAGGUGCUGUCACGAGUGUUCUAGGACUGCUGGACAAAUGCAGAACACCUCAGGGGCAUCGAUUGAUCGCCCAGUGGGUGAGACAGCCACUCAAGGACUUGGCACUGAUUAAGGAGAGACACGACAUUGUUGAGCAACUCGUUAAAGAUAGUGAUCUGAGGUCAGCGUUGAGUGAGGAUCACCUCAGGAGAAUUCCAGAUCUCGAACAGUUGUCGAAGAAGCUCACGAGAAAGAAUGCGGGACUACAGGAUUGCUACAAAGUUUACAUGUGCAUGUUAAAUUUGCCUGUUCUGAUAGCUAGAUUAACAGAGGCUGAUGGCUGCUCUGCUAUGAAGGCUAUGAUCAUUGAACCACUUAGGGAAGCAACCAAUGAUAUGGACAAGUUUCAGCAGAUGGUGGAGCAGACGAUCGAUCUUGAGGCUACUGACACUGGGGAUUUCUUGGUGAAAUCUGAUUUCGAUGAGGAAUUAAAAGAACUAAGGCAAACAAUGGAGAAAUUAAAAAGCAAGAUAGAAAAUCUUCUGAACAAAGUGGCAGACGAUCUCAAUAUGGACGCUGGAAAGAAUAUUAAGCUCGAAUCAACUCAGCAGCAGGGAUUCUACUUCAGGAUAUCGCUUAAAGAUGAGCCGAUUCUUCGAAACAACAAGACUUACGAGGUUUUCGAGUCAAUAAAAGCAGGUGUCAAGUUCAGAAAUGAUAAAUUAACUGAACUCAAUGAUGACUACAUAGCAACUCGCGAGAGAUACGAGAAGCAACAGCAGAGUGUAGUCACAGAAAUAAUGACAAUUACAGCUGGCUACAGCAAUCCAAUCAAGGUGAUUGCAUCAACCAUUGCCAUCCUGGACGUGCUAACUUCGUUCGCAGUGACGGCUAUUCAAGCACAAACUACCUUCGUUCGUCCUGAGAUGCUUGACAGUGAGACUGGAGUGAUAAAUAUCGAACAGGCGAGACAUCCGUGCCUCGAGGCUCAACCGGACGUUCACUUUAUUGCUAAUGACGCCAAGUUCAAACGAGACGAGAGCCAAUUCUUCAUUAUCACUGGCCCCAACAUGGGUGGAAAGAGUACCUACAUGAAGUCCAUUGGUGUUUGUGUUUUCAUGGCGCACAUCGGCAGCUUCGUUCCCUGUGAUAAAGCCAGCAUCUCGGUCAUUGAUUGUCUACUGGCUAGAGUUGGUGCUGAUGAUUCACAGGCUAAGGGGGUCUCCACUUUCAUGAUGGAAAUGGUCGAAACUGCUACGAUUCUUCGAACUGCAACCUGUAAUUCUCUCAUAAUCAUCGAUGAACUUGGCCGUGGCACCUCCACCUACGACGGUCGUGGAGUUGCCUGGUCAAUUGCCGAGUACAUAGCCAAGAAAAUAAAAGCGUAUUGUCUCUUCGCCACCCAUUUCCACGAAAUAACACGACUCGCCGAGGAAGUCCCAACAGUCAAAAAUUACCACGUCACAGCUCUAGUCGAGAAGGACAAUGUCACAUUCCUAUACUCGGUCAAACCCGGAAUUUGCGAUCAGAGUUUCGGUAUUCACGUAGCUAAAAUGGUAGAGUUCCCAGAGGAGAUCAUCGAAUUCGCUAGAGCAAAACAGAUAGAGCUGGAGGACGGAGAGAAUAUCGAGUUUGAGGGGUACAAUUCAGCUGACGAGAAGAGAAAAAUAAAAGCAGAGGGAGAAAAAUUGAUCGCUGGUUUCAUUGCGAAAUGUAAGACUCUGGAUGAGUCUCUUCCUGAGGAUGAUCUGAAGAAACAGAUCGAGACGUACAAGAGUGAAGUACUGGAGAAGAAAAAUCCCUACAUCGCUGCACUUCUCACUAGUGCAUAAAUGAUCGUUCCAUGCAGUAUCAAAAGGGUGAAAUUUGAUAAGUCGACGUUGCACAUCAGAGAAAAAGAUUGAAGCAUAUUUUUUCGCCAUUUUCUUCACCUUAAAAACUAUUUCUUGACUUUUCACUCAAGAAUGAUUAAUUUUCAAGAUUAAGGCCCGGGUGUACCAUCUUUCGAAAUCCAAAAUUGUCAGUUGAGUGGUACAUCAUGUAGAAAUUCCCAAAAAUUAUGAUAGAAUGAUUAAAAAAAAAAUACAAAAAAUUCUGAA